UUAACCCAUCAUCAUAUCAUCUCAUCAUCCUCGAUUCAUCUUCCUCUUACUGUUUGUGUAAGCAUGGCUUCCACCACACUGCCCUCUAUAGCCCCUUCGCAGCUAUGUUCUAGGAGGAGUGUCGCAUCGUGCCCCUCAUCAUCGUGUUCAAGGAAAGAGAUGAAGAUUGGGAAGGGAAAAGGGAUGCGAGUGGUAUGCAUGGCGACGAGUAUUCCAGCUGACAGAGUACCUGACAUGGGAAAGAGACAGCUCAUGAAUCUUCUCCUCCUUGGUGCUGUUGCACUCCCCUCUACUGGAAUGCUCAUUCCUUAUACCUAUUUCUUCGUCCCUCCUGGUUCAGGAUCUGCUACUGGUGGUACUGUUGCAAAGGAUGCACUUGGAAAUGAUGUGCUUGCAGACCAAUGGCUCAAGGCGCAUGGACCUGGUGACCGUACACUUACACAAGGAUUGAAGGGAGAUCCAACGUACCUUGUGGUGGAGAAAGACAGAACACUGGCAACAUAUGGGAUUAAUGCGGUGUGCACUCACCUUGGUUGUGUGGUGCCGUGGAAUGCAGCGGAGAACAAGUUCAUCUGCCCUUGCCAUGGAUCUCAGUACAAUGACCAAGGAAGAGUUGUCAGAGGACCUGCUCCUUUGUCUCUGGCAUUGGCGCAUUGUGAUGUGGAUGAUGGGAAGGUGGUGUUUGUUCCAUGGGUUGAGACUGAUUUCAGAACCGGUGACGCUCCCUGGUGGGCUUAGACUACUCUUCUUCCAUUCUCACACCUGCUGCCACAUACACAUAUCAUAUGUAAUCUAUAAUUCAAACUCUAUCUCUUCUUCUAUUCAUAUAUAAACAUGUUUUGUAAUCAAUAUGCUAGUAUAUAACAUAAGAAGGAACCUCAUAAUUCUUCUCUUGCA